GACUGUUGCAGGCGACAAGGCAGCUCGCCUGGCUUUCCUCGCCUCUUCUCUCUCUCUCUCUCUCUCCAAGCUGUAAUUUGUCGAUAAAGCUUUGAUUCACUUAUAUUUGUCGAUGAGCUUUGAUUCACUUAGAUCUGUUGAUCGACAAAGGUAUUCGAUCCCUUCUCUUUGAGUCCCCGUUUUUGGUUCCUUCGCGAUCGAUUCCUGCUUCUAUUUCUUUUGAUUGGGUUCGUCUCAAGUUUCCGCCAUGGUGGACGGUGACAACGGCUCCUCCUCUCCGGGGAAGGAGCAAAUUCCAUGCCCAGAUCCGCAGCAUGGAACCGAUACGGCGGCGGUGCCGGUCGCGGCCGCGGAGGGCGACAGGGAGGUUGAGUCUCUUGCUCACAGGAUCCAGGAGGCUGUCGCCGUCGGUAUGCGGCACCGGUUCUGGGAGACCCAGCCGGUGGGGCAAUUCAAGGACGCCGGCGACACAAGCCUCUCCGAGGGCCCCAUUGAGCCGCCGGCGCCCCUUUCCGCCGUCAAGCCUGAGCCCUACAAUCUCCCCGCCCUCUACGAGUGGACCACCUGCGACAUGGACGACGAGCAGACCUGCGCUGAGGUGUACAACUUACUCACCAACAACUACGUCGAGGACGACGAGAACAUGUUCCGGUUUAACUACUCCAAGGAGUUCCUUCAGUGGGCACUCCGCCCACCAGGCUACUUCAAAGCCUGGCAUAUCGGCGUCCGGGUGAAGGCCACUAAGAAGCUCGUCGCCUUCAUCACCGGCGUGCCGGCCCGGAUCCGGGUCCGGGACGAGGUCGUCCGGAUGGCGGAAGUCAACUUUCUGUGCGUCCACAAGAGGCUGCGGUCGAAGCGGCUCGCGCCCGUGAUGAUCAAGGAGGUCACGAGGCGGGUCCAUUUGGAGAAUGUCUGGCAGGCGGCCUACACCGCUGGGGUCGUCCUGCCGACCCCCUUCACGACCUGCCGGUACUGGCACCGUUCUCUGAACCCGAAGAAGCUGAUUGAUGUGGGAUUCUCCCGGCUCGGCGCUCGGAUGACGAUGAGCCGAACGAUCAGGCUGUACAAGCUUCCGGGAUCAACUGCGACGCCCGGGUUAAGGAAGAUGGAGCUUCGUGAUGUUCCAGCAGUCACCCGGCUGCUGAGGGAGUACUUGAGCCAGUAUGUUGUUGCCCCCGACCUCGAUGAGAAUGAUGUGGAACAUUGGCUUCUCCCUUUGGAGAAUGUGGUUGAGAGUUUCGUGGUUGAGAGCCCUGAGACUCAUGAAGUCACGGACUUCUUCAGUUUCUACUCUCUUCCUUCUUCGAUUCUUAACAACCAGAACUACUCGGUGUUGAAGGCUGCAUACUCUUAUUACAAUGUGGCUAAGAAAACUCCUUUGCUCCAGCUGAUGAAUGAUGCACUGAUUGUGGCAAAGCAAAAGGACUAUGAUGUCUUCAAUGCACUUGAUGCCAUGCACAAUGAGACCUUCCUGAAGGAGCUGAAGUUUGGGCCUGGCGAUGGACAACUCCAUUACUAUCUAUACAACUACCGAGUUAGGAAUGCUUUAAGACCAUCAGAGCUAGGGCUUGUUCUUCUAUAGUCUGGUAAUAAUGAUCUUGGAUUUCUGGAGCAACCUCGAUCACUGUUUACUUCCAAGGGUGAUCUGCACUCUGCAACUUGAGAUGUAGUUGAACCUCUGCUAAUUGGCAUAUGAUAACACUGGUGGGUGGGUCAUCAAGAACAACAAUUGGAACUUUGGUUCAAACUGAAAAA